AUGGCGCCGGAAAAUACUGAAGACGCUGUUGCUGAAGAAGGGGAGCCGAUGACUGAAGAAACUGAACAUGGGAACAUUCAGGCGGGAAGGCGUGCUGGGCCUCCAAGACAGACGAAGGCGAACGUUAGACUAGCUGGGCCGGAGUGGGCUAAGUAG